AUGCCUGUCAUCGGAUACGUCUCGCGAACCGAGCACUUUUCCGCCGCACACCGGCUCAACAGCCCACGAUUCGGAAAAUGCAACCACGCGAACGGGCACGGACACAACUAUGUGGUGGAGACGGUGCUGCGCGGGCCCAUUGACCCGAUCACCGGUAUGAUAGUGAACAUCACAGACCUGAAGCAGUGGCUCAAGACCGCGGUGCUCGACCACGUUGACCACAAGAACCUGGAUAUGGACGUCAAGUUCUUUAAGACCCGGCCCAGCACAACCGAGAACCUGGCAGUGUUCAUCUGGAUGCGCCUGGCCAUGGCCAUGCCGGACCGGUCGCUAUUGCACAAGGUUGUGGUGGCCGAGACCCCAAAGAACAAGUCAGAGUUUUGCGGCGAGGGCCUGACGCAGCAGGACUUUGACCAGUGUGUUGUGUGAAGAGGCUGCUAUAUCUCCCUGCAUGAUUUUGCAUAUACGAACCCCUUCUUUUCCAUCAUCAGCAUAUAGAUCUUUUUUUUUUUAACAGAACAGGCUUGGUUUACAUUGCAUGGUGGUGGUGU